AGUCAAACCAAGCCCCUGCAAUCUCUUUCGCACCAUCGCUGUUGAAUCGUCUUAUUCAUCGGACAUUAUGCUGUCGCUUCCCUUCUUUUUGCCUGCGUGCAAGACCAUAGCCUCCAUCCUUGCGGUAUGGGUGACGCUGAAGAUCUGGGGGCAUGUCCAGGCUCGUCGACGUACGACACAUUUACGCGGCCCCCCGCGACGCAGUAUCCUGUACGGUACGAACGACAAGUUCGAGCUCAAGGACCGCAGUCCCCAGAUGGUCGAGUGGAUUUCCAAGUACGGUGGUGUAUUUAGUCUCCCAGUGGUUGCUGGAAUGCGUUGGACCGUUCUGUGCGAUCCGGUGGGCCUAGAGCACGUCUAUGCGAGCGACGAGGAGGACUACGACGCACCACAGAUUGCAAAGAUCUCGCUCGAGCUCAUGCUCGGCAAGGGCAACCUGCUGUCGCUUCGUGGCGAGGAACAUAAGCGAAAGAGGCGUGUUUUGGCGCCUGCCUUCAACAACACCGCCAUUAGGCGCCUUGUUCCCGUGUUUUCUGCCUGCGCUUUGAAGGUUACUACUAGUCUGUCUCCGAUAUUGGUAUUGAUUGUUGUUCAGGCAAAGACUGCUUGGAAUGACAUUGUUGAUGACGGCGUUGAUGGAGCGAUCAUCGAAGUACAGCAAUGGAUGAGUCGCAUAUCGCUAGACAUCAUUGGACUCGCUGGUUUCGGUCACGACUUUGGCACCCUUGAAGGCAAGGAGAGCGAAGUUGCUGACGCCCUUCAGUCCACCGCUUCGCUGAAUAUGUCGAAGCUCCAGUUGGCAUUCAUUGCAUUAAUGCUUUUCCUUCCGUACUCCGACAAGCUCCCAAACCCGGCAUUUACGCCGCUCGCCAAGCUUAACCAAAGCUUGGAUCACAUUGCUACUUUGUUGCUUGAUAAUGCUCAAGGUGGGUAUAGUAGCCCGGAAGUGAAGUCUCUUUUAGAGGUCCUAGCAACGUUGGAAGAAGCGGGCGCCAAAAGCCGUAUGCAUAAGGAGGAAAUCAUUUCACAGAUGAAGCUCAUGCUGAUCGCUGGGUACGAGACGACUUCAGCUGCGUUGACUUGGGCACUUAUCGAGCUGGCUCAAAAUGAAGUCGUGCAGAACAAGCUGCGUCAAGAGAUUUUUCAGAUUGCCACUGACGAGAUUACUUGGGAAGACUUGGCCAGCCGACUACCAUAUCUCGACGGCGUCGUCUCUGAAACCUUACGUCUUCACCCAUCUCUCCCAGAUGGCAUUCGAGUUGCAAAGAAAGACGACAUCAUUCCUCUGAGGAAGCCGGUAACAACAGCCUCCGGAAAACUAACAGAUCGAAUUGCGAUUACGAAGGGGACUACUGUGUUCAUACCCAUCAAGGCCGUAAACCAGUCUCGGGAUGUUUGGGGGCCUGACGCUAGGCAGUUCAAACCCGAGCGGUGGAUAACUGAUCAUGGCUCUGACGAUUCUCGCCAUCGCCGCAUAUUCACGUUCAUCGACGGCCCGAAGACGUGCUUAGGAAAAGGUCUGGCUGUCGCUGAGAUGAAAGUUGUGCUGAGUGUACUCGUAAGACACUUCGCUUUCGAGAUGUCCGACGAGCGCGAGGUAGAAAUGAACUUCACAAACGGGAUAACGCCGCGUCCCAGAGUUAUGGGUGAGGAAGGAUGCUGCGUGCCUCUUCGGGUCCGGAAGAUAGGGACCGUGGAAUAAGCUCUAGUGGCGGACGCCCGCCGCCACCAGUCAGACACGCGUAUAUUAGCCCAAUGUUUAUACAAUUCAUCCAUCGAGCGGAUAACCUACUAGGAGAAUAUGGUGCAGAAGCUUGUAUGAUUUCUGCUGUGGUAAUCAAGAUGGGUUCUGUUUUGGUAUCACUGUCGUCGAUGGAGUAAUUUGAAGGUUUAGAAGGUUUAGAGGAUGGCUUGUUGUUACCAAAUUCGAUGUUGGGCAUCACGGGAGGAAAACG